CACUUUUUGAAUCGGCCUAACACUAAUUAAGAUGGCGAUUUCCCGGCAAUCCAGCAAGAUAUUCCUGAUAUUUCUUGUGACGAUUCUAUUCUCUGCGCAGAAAUCAGCUGUCCAUUCUGUUGUGCCUGUCACUGUUCAUCUGCGCUCGCGCAACCCAGCAAAUAACUCGCGAACUGAUGGAUUUAAUUUGACGGGCACCGUUCAACAGAAUGACACGCAGCUGGCUUGUCGAAGUUACAAUUCAUCAACAUGUCCUGUUGACCUCACGCUUUGCUCCUGCGAUUUUUCCCAUCUCAGCGACAAGGCCUUAGCGAUCGAUGCCCGGUCCAUCGUGAUUGGCGAGAAAUCCGGCAACAUUAUAUGCGCAGAAACUUGUCCGCUCGGCACACUUCGCUCGCUUCCAUCGCGUUCAAAUUUGACUUCGGUGAGACUGGUCAGCGUCUGGCUGGAUUCCGAGGAAAAUCCGUUUCCCGUCGGGGAUUUCCUGGCCAACGUCAAGGCGAUUUUAACCACUCUGGAACUGGUGAAGAUCUAUAUACCCUCAAUUACACGCCAGACAUUUGCCGGGUUUGCGGCGCUGGAGCGGCUGCAGCUGCACGACAACCGUCUGUCAACGAUCGCCGACGCAUUCGUCGCGCUGGACGAAGGGCUGAAAUUUCCCGCGAGAAAGGCAUGGACUCCCAAAUUAAGGACGGUGGACAUCAGUUAUAAUAAAGUGCCGCUGAUCGACUGGUCAAUUUUUCAACCGCUGAAUCGCAGCAUCAAGGAGAUUUUUCUAAUCGAUGACCAAAUUCAGAUCAUCUUCCUCAGUCCCGAACACCGACCAUUCGUCCUGCACAACGUGGAAACGGUGCAGCUGUGCGGCAGCAAGCUCUUCAGCUUGGACAACCGCUUUCUGCGUAGUAUAGCCUCGUCUCGCGGGCGGCCGUACCUAAACCUGGACCGGAAUAUAUUUUGCGUGACCAACAAUCAGUGUCGGUGCUCCGAGCUGACCAACCUCUGGGUCUGGCUGAAGAAGAGACCUCUCGGCCACACCCAUCCGAGUACUGCCCAGAACAACGUUGAUAGCGGGGAUGUGGUGACGUGUGGCAACUUCACCAGCGGGACAGUGGAAGAUGUUAAUCUCACUACGCGUUGGGAGGAUAUUCAACGCGGGAGGCGGUACCGUGGAUCCUAUGUUACCGCUCUAGCCACAUGUAAUCGGAGGACAGUGCGCACGCCGGCGAAAUUUCUUGCUUGCUUUGUGGAGAGGGCAACCACUGCUGUGAGGCGCGACGCACCGGAAAUUGUUGACGUAAAACAGUUGAAUUUAACGGGGAACGUUUCGCUUGCACCUUGAGUCUGGCCGAAGCGUUUAUAAUUGUUUCUUAAUUGCAUGUCCCGAUUAUCAG